AUGGCUUCCAACAACAUUGCAAUCAUCGGCGCGGGGCUAUCGGGCCUUACCUUGGCUCUUUGCCUACAUAAACAGUCUAUCCCAUGCACCAUCUAUGAGUCUCGAUCGGCGUCUCUUGAUAUCGGAGGUGCUAUUAUGCUUUCCCCAAACGCAUUGCGGGUCCUGGAUGCGAUAGGAAUCUACGAGACCAUCAAGCCUCGCGGAUUUGACUUUAAGGACUUGCACUUUUAUACGAACAAGCCACUCGACUCAUACGAAUUUGGAAACCGCUCAAAAUAUGGGUACGAUGCACUGCGCAUCUACCGCUACGAAUUGAUCGACGUUCUUUUGUCUGGCAUCAAGGACAAGGGUAUCCCCAUUGAAUAUGGAAAGAAAUUCACUCAGGUUCUUUCCGAGUCCGAAACUGAAGUCACCUGGGAAUUUGAGGACGGUACGACUGGCUGCGCAUCUUGCCUCGUUGGAGCUGAUGGUAUCCAUUCGCGAGUCCGAAAAUACCUAUAUCCUACUUUGGAGCCUCGCUUCACCAAUGCGAUGGGUGUCACGGCUGCUAUUCCGACCAGCCAGCUCCAGGCCUCUGAUGAAUUUCAGCUUCCCAUCACAAUCAUGAAUCCCAAACAUGGUGCCUUUGUUAUUGCGCCGCAACAGCCUGAUGGCUCGGAAAUGCUCAUUGGAAAGCAAAAGCGUGCGCCGGAGCUUGAUCGCGAAGGAUGGAGCAAGUUACUCAACGACAAAGAGUGGUGUGUGGAAUUCCUUCGUCAGGGCUCCGAGGACUUCCCAGAAAUUGUCAAAUCAGCCGUAUCGGAUAUUCCGCUUAACAAGAUCAACCUUUGGCCUUUCUAUGUGGUGCCCAAGCUUGACACGUGGGCGUCAGAGAAUUCUCGCGUGGUCAUCCUUGGAGAUGCAGCUCACGCUAUACCGCCUACUGCUGGCCAGGGAGUUAAUCAGGCAUUUGAGGAUGUUUACACCUAUGCUUUGGUUUUGAAGAAAUCCCUGAGUGGAGAUUUGAAUCAGGGCCUGAAGAUAUGGCAGCAAGGUCGACAAGAACGGGUUGAUCGGGUCCUUGAGCUGAAUACGCAGAUUGAUGCGAGAAGAAUGCCAAGGGACCCCAACUCGGCAAUUUCGGAGAUUGAGACCAAGCCGUUUGAACUAGAGUGGCUAUAUGGCCCGAAGUUUGAUGAAAUGGUCGAGAACUGGUUCCAAACGUGUAAAGCAGACUGA